UUUGACAACUCUUUAAAUAUAAGUCUCAUCUUGUGAAAGUAACCCUGUUCAUUGUCAAAAACCGUUUUUUCCUUUAAGCAAAGUUUUUAAACAUCCUUGAACUCUAAAUCCCAGAUUUGUAAAUGUACUGCACCUGCUUCUUGUACACUCCCUGCCUCAUAGUGAUGAAUGAAAUUGUAUUGUACGACACAUUUUGUACCUAGUUUCCUACGUUGCCCGACUGAAUUUUAAUCCUGGUGAUUUUUUACGUGUUUUUAUAACAGUAACAAAUAAACAGAGUGCUGAAUGGGCUGGUCAACUGAUUGCUAGCAUCGUCUCAAAGAGAUUGACAUUAGGGGUCAUUCAGGGUCUAGGGUACAGAUGGAGGAAAACAAGAGAACUUCCUCCAGUUCUCUUCAGUUUAGUGGAGUCCCAGGAGAUUACAGAUACAAAUACAGGAUUCAUCCAAGGGAUGAGAGAUAACAUUCAUCCAGAUAUGAGCUCCAAGGAUAAAUACAAGAAUGAUUUCUACUACAUUGCUCCACUUUAUCAUCUGGCAUUCACAGGGUUAGACAAGGUCGUCUUUAUAGAUAUAUCAGAUAUGGAGUUCACAGUAGAUAUUAAAGAACUGUAUGAUGAGUUUACUAAGCUAGAAUCAAGUCCUGCUAUUCUAGGAAUAGGCCUUGAUCUAUCCCCUCACUAUUUUGGAUAUCUUAAGAGUUACAUCGAGUCCCAUCCUGGAACAGAUAUAGGAAAACCAGGGAAAAAUCAGGGUUUAAACACCGGCGUUGUACUGUACAGACUGGAUAAAAUGCGGGUGAAUGAGCUGUACAACAGUUUUCUGAACAAACAAAAAAUAGACUAUCUUGUUAAAAAGUUCGGAUAUCCAUUUGCAUUGGCGGAACAGGACUUCUUUACUAACCUUGGUUUCAUGUUUCCAGACCUAUUCCAUAUACUUCCUUGCCAGUUCAAUACUCAGACAUCGUUACAGUAUUUAAGUUCACCGUUUGAGAAUAUCUUUAAGAGCUAUCACUACUGUGACAGGAAAGAGAAUAUAAAAAUCUUCCAUCUGAACGGAUGUGGCCCUACGCCUGCACAGUGUGGGGGGAACAAUAAGAGCAGUACAGUUUACGAUAAGGAUCAUGAUCUACAUUUCUACCAUAUAGAAGUACAGGUGUUCUGGGAAAUUAUGGAAGGAUUAUACAGAGAUGAGAUGAAAGAAACUCAAGAAACAUGAUGUUGUUUCAGCCAUAUUUAUUAAGUUAAAUAAAAAUAAUUCAUUGCUCUCGUUUA